CAUAGCGCAGAUGAAAUUUUUAUUGCAAAUGGUGGUGACGGACACGAUCCAAGAGUUGCGCACGUAUUUUUCACAUUCAAUUUGCUGUACAAUUUUCGUAAAUUUGUUGUGUGCUUUCGUUGCACAAUAACGAUAAUAUAAAUGUUUAUAAACAACAGCGAGUGUUUGUUAAUUAUAUUGUAAAUUCGAACGUAGAAACGUUUAAAUUUCGUGUUUAGUUCUGUCACAGCUCACGAUUUGGAAAUCGUCUGCUGUCGCUACGGAUCAAGGCACCAAAAUGGCAGCUAACAACAACCUUAAUAUGCACAGCAUGUCUCCACAACAUUUGUCACCACUAAAUACAAACAUAAUGCCACAAUCAGUUAUUGCCUCCACCGGGAGUGUUAACCCAAUGAUCGGCAUGCAAACCAUGCCACAACCAUCAAGCAGCGCACAAAGUGCUUGGGAUCAAUUGACCGCUUCCUCAUCUUCGUCAGCCAAUGCAAACGUGCUCAACACAACGUCAACUGCGAAUAUUAUAGGUUCAAGCGGUGCUGUUGGUUUGGGAAUAGGAAACACACCGAAUUUAACAACAUUGCAAAACAUGCAGCCGGGCGUUAAUACCUUAAUAGGUGGCGCUGGUGGUAUUACGAAUACGGUCAAUCCGGUAGGCACAACCGGUAUCACAAUGGGUGAUCCUAAUGGGUUUGGUUUGGGGAAUAUGUCUGGCGGUAGCUCACCUGCGGCCGGUUGUGCUUCUCCAUCGACGCCGACAAAAACCGGUGCACCGCCGUUGGAUGGUAUGAUGGCACAUACGCCCACGCAGGGACCGCCAGCUAUGCAUAGUGCCGGUUAUGGCGAGGAAUUGACAGCAGAACUUGUGAAUCAGGGUUGGCGUAAAUUCUGGUCAAAACGCGAAAAUCGCCCAUAUUACUGGAAUAAAAUAACCGGCGAAUCAUUGUGGGAAAUGCCCGGUGCGCGUCCAUUUGAUCCACUCACAGAUCCUUUGGGCAUAUGUCACAGUGGUGGUCAAACGCCUAUAAAUCCCGGUUUACCGCAUCACCCACAUCAUAUGCAACAUCCAAAUUUAAAGCGUCGUCCAUCCGACGAUAUGCAUCUGCAUCCACACCAACAACAUCCGCCAUUGAAAAAAUUUGUCUUGGCUGGACCAUGGGAUUUAGAGAUUUGCACGAAUGCCGUUAUUGUAGAGCGACCCCCUACAUUAUUGCCACAACCACAUCCCGAAAUUGAAGCUUUACGUGCCGCCUACACAAUGAAGCUUGUGAAAACCUAUGAAGAUCUCUGUAUGCGGCGUGAAAAUAUCAAGGCGCCGAAGGACUCCUUCAAUCGUUGGUUAAUGGAGCGUAAAGUUAUUGACAACGGCUGCGAUCCGUUAUUACCGAGUAAUUGUAACCCUGAAAUAUCACCAUCCAUGUAUAGGGAAAUUAUGGCUGAUAUACCCAUUAAAAUUGUCAAACCGAAAUUUACAGGAGAUGCACGCAAGCAAUUAUCACGUUAUGCCGAAGCGGCGAAACAGAUUAUUGAGUCACGUUCAGCGCCAGCCGAAAGUAAAAAGGUCGUUAAGUGGAAUGUCGAAGACACAUUCCAGUGGUUGCGUCGCACUGUCGGCGCCAGUUACGAGGACUUUCAAGAUCGUCUAGCGCAUUUGAAGCGUCAAUGUGAGCCACAUCUUGUCGAGACCGUCAAGAGCUCCGUAGAAGCGCUCUGCAUUAAAAUCUAUCAUUUGAGUGCUGAACAUGCGCGUAAAAUACGCGAACGUCAUAUGCAAUUGCUUAAGGAGCACGGUAUACCGGAACCAACGCCGCCACCACCACCACCGCACCUGAAGAAAGUCUGGUGCUAUCCCAUACAAUUUGCUGUGCCAUCACCACGCAUGCCAGCCAUUGAAUAUGUACAAGAUCGUGAUCACAUGAUCAUUAAGUAUACGCCUAGUACACACAAUCAACCCGAUGCGCAGUACAUAAAUCUGACACAUCUACAAAAGCUCGAACAACUCUAUCGCCACAAUUGUUUUGAUGAUAAGAAAUUUGAUUUGUUUAUUGGACGUGUUUGGUGUCUACUUAAGCGCUACCAGACGUUCCUCGGUAAUGCGUUAAAUUCGUCACAAGAGGCAGAAAUGACGCAAGCAUCCUUGCCAGUGCCAGUUUUCGAGUGCUUGCACAGACAGUUCGGCGUUAGUUUUGAAUGCUUUGCGUCGCCUUUUAAUUCAUAUUUCAGGCAAUACUGUUCGUCAUUCGCCGAUACCGAUGCAUAUUUUGGUUCCAGAGGACCAUUUCUUGAUUUCAAACCAGUUUCUGGCUCUUUUCAAGUAAAUCCACCACAUUGCGAAGAACUUAUGGAUAGAGCUUUAUUGCAUAUCGAUAAAUUGCUGACAGAUUCUAUGGAACCAUUGAGUUUCAUCAUAUUCUUGCCCGAAUGGAAGAGCAUUGCAAAAUUAGAAGAGAGCAUGUUUAAGCGCCGUUCAAUGGUGGUAUUGGGUAUGGCACACGAAUAUCGCCAUGGCUACCAACACAUCAUACCAAAAGCCGACGUCAAUGUGAAAUGCAUGCAAGGCACACAAGUGGUGUGGUUGCAGAAUAGCGCCGGUCAUGCGCGUUGGGGCCCCAACGAGAAUCGUGUAGAGGCAUUGCGUGAAGCUUUCCGGCCGCAACGCGAUCGUGAGCGUGAACGUGCAGCGGCCGCAGCAGCUGCAGCUGCUUCAUCACCACCACAACCGGUAACACAUCAAACCACUGCUGCAAAUACGCUUGGCAACAGUAACAACAAUCUAGGUGGCAAUAUUAAUAAUGUUAACACAAAUGCCACCACAUCAGCAGCAGCAGCGACUUCAACUGGUAAUACAAACGCAGCUAACAGCAUCAACACUUCUACCAGCAGUGGCAACAGUUCGUUGCAUUCAACGUGCGCACCACUUUCACCGCAUACACCACCAAAUAUGGCAACAUCGUCGACCGGUUCGCCUGCUAUGAGCAUUCAAAGUGCAUGCUCGUCGCCGUCAUCGUCCUCCAUGUCGCUCUCACCGGCUGCAUCAGGUGUUGGCGGUAUUUCAGAUAUUAUCGGCAGCACUUCCGUAUCGAUUACAGCAACCGCCACGGCAGCGAGUGGUGCAUUCGCCAGUCUAGUGGCUGCCUCGUCAUCAGGCAACAAUAUCGGUGGUGUAGGUUCGGGUAGUGGUGGCAACGCGCUUGGCAAUAAUGCCGGUCAAACCGUUAUCAAUUCUGCGGUUUAAACUGGGUUUGGUCACCUUCUGCAGCGUGCUUGUUUAAGUGACGACAGUGAGUUGAAACAGUGACUCUAAUCUACUCAAUGCAAAGUAUACAUCCUAAAUUAUGUUUACUAGCCACUGUCGCUCAAUGGCUCAACUCGCAAUGAAUUUCCAAUGCGUUCUGUAGCCAAAUGCGUUGCAAUUAUCUUUAUUUAUUUUUGCACUUAUGUAAUUUAUUUAUUUAGGCGGAAAAGUGAAAUGAAAAAAAAAAACUAUUAAAAAAUUAGCGUUAGUUUUAGAAAAAGGUAAAAAAAAUGCUAAAGAAUUGAAUUCUUUUUGAAUAAACCCACAAAAAUGUUAGUGUGGCUCGUGGUACUGUACGAACA